AUGGAUACUCGGUUGUCAGUCAUUGACCAUGUUACCUCCAUUCAUCAACAGGGUCCCUACUGGAGUAUCAAGGUUCGUGCUAUUGCUGUGUGGAGAGUUCCAUUUGACCAUGUUACACUAAGACCCUCCUGCAUGGACAUGAUUCUGGUGGACAGAUUUGGGACCAAGAUACAGGGUUCUGUGUGCAGGAGGCACCCUCCUAUUCGUGCCAUGCAGACUGGCAGAGUGUACCAGAUCUCUAACUUUAAGGUUGUUCUGAAUGAUGAUAUUCGACUAACGCCACAUCAAUUCAGAUUGAUCUUCCAUGCAUGCACCAUCAUUGCUGAAAGUUUUGAUGUUCGCAUUCCUCGAAAUGGCUGGUCCCUUUGCAACACUCAGAUAAUUCGCAACAGGAGUGAUGAGUUCACCCACCUGAUUGAUUGUUUGGGAGUUAUGUUGGCUGCCUCUCAGGAAAAGAUAUUUAUAAAAGAUGGUCAGCUCACUAAGAUGUUAUAUGUUGAUCUGCAAGAUACAAGGGGAAAUAUCAGAUGUAUGGUGAUUGGGAGUCUGGUCAACAUUGUUGCUGAGUACUUGGCUUCCAACUGGACUAUGAGGCCUGUAAUUGUAUUACAGUUUGUUAAGGUGAAGAGCUUCAGAGACAAAUUCCUUAUUGAGGGUACCCCUGUUGCGUCAAAAGUCCUCUUCAACCCAGAUAUUGAAGAAGCUAUUGAGUUAACUCAAAGAAUGGAUGCUCUUGGUUUUAAUUACCAUGGUCCUGUUGGUUUUAUUCGAUCUGAUCAACCUAAUCUGAGUCUUAGGGAUGAUAUGCUGAAUACUCACCCUAGGAAAACUUUAACUCAGCUGCUGGACAACAAAGAGGGAGGGAUAUUCAUAGUUCACGCUGGAAUAGUUGGAGUCCUUAAGGAUGGACCGUGGUUUUACCCCUCAUGCAGAUGUUUUAGUGAGCUUAGAGUCAAUGGUGUUAAAUAUGAUUGUCUUAAGUGUGGACGCACCAUUGAUAAAAUGAUUAACAGGUUUCGGUUCAAGGUUGAAGUUUAUGACGGUGUUGACAGCGCUGUUUUUGUUCUCCAUGAUCCUGAGGCAGAGUUGAUUGCUGGUUUUUCCUGUGAAGAAUUGAUGAAUUCAUUUGAACUUGAGAAGAAAGUGAUUCCGGAAGGAGAAUAUCCUGAUGACAUUGAAGACCAUAUAGCUGGGUUAGAGAUGCUUUUUAAGGUCCACAAAAAAGUUGGGAGGCUGUAUGGCAAGGAAGGUUGCUUUGAGAUUUUGAGGAUUUGCACUGACCUGGACAUCAUUGCAAUGUUCCAUGACCAUGAUGCCAUAGUUACCCCGGAUAAGGCAAAGUUCAUGCCAUCUUUUACUAAGAUGGGAAGUGCUGAGGGGAGUUGCUUGACCUUGAGUGACAAGGGUCAUGCAUUAUCUGAAUCUCACACUAUUGAAAGAGGUGAUCGUCGCCUGCGAAGGAAGCUGUUCAUAGAUUUUGAGUCAGAAGAUGAGGAUGUUGUUGCUGCGGAUUUUGUUGCUGCUGAGAUGGAUGGAAAGAAACAUAUUGCUGAUAGUGAGAUUGAUCUAAAUAAUGAUCCAAAACCACCAAUUGCUGAAAUUGAAACUAAAGAUGAUGGUGAGAACAAAUCUUUAGAUGCAGAUGGAGGCAGAGAUUUAUCCAGUGAUGGUUCUCCUAUUUCUGAUGAGUUUGAAGUUCCUAAAUCUGGAGUCGCUUAUGCUGAAGGUGAUGCUGCGAAAGAGAUGAUUGAUUUCAUAUUUGAUGAUGAUGACCUUACUGGCAUAGUGUCUGAUGAGGAAAGCAUGGAAGACAGCGAUUCUUCUGAAGGAGAAGACAUGUCUGAUAACUUAGAUGAAUGUGGCCUUAAAUAUAAGGUCAAGAUUGAACCUGUUGAUGAUGACAAGGAUAAACUGUUGAAGAAAGUUGCUGAGGAUGAUUAUGUGAUUGUGAUAUCAGAUGAUGAUGAGAAGGGUGCUGAUGAGGUGAUUGUAAUCUCAGAUGAUGAUGAGAUUGCUCCUUGA